AUGACAUCAUCAUUUCUGAUUCAAUUAGCCAAACAUGAAAAACAUUCUAUGAGAAUAUUAGAGAGCAUAAAAGUUGAAUUAGAAAAAGAACAAGCACGACGUUGUGAAGCUGAAGAAAAACUGAAAUCUACCUAUGGAGAAAUAUCUCAAAGAAAAGAAGAUAUUCAGCAACAAAUAGCAAUUUUUGAAAAUAAAGUGACAGAAUUAACAGAUAUAAAUAAAAAAUUAGAAAAUGAAACUCAUGAGCUAAAAGCUAAAGUUCAAAGUCUUCAAAAUGAUUUAGAUGUUAGUGAAGCAGUUCAAAAAGAUUUUGUGAAGCUUUCUCAAUCAUUACAGGUUGAGCUUGAAAAAAUUCGUCAGUCAGAUUGUGAAGUUAGGUGGCAACAUGAUGAUGAUGUUACUGAAUGCAAUAAUUGUAAAAAGACUUUUCAUUCAAAAAAGGAAAAGCAACACUGUAAGCAUUGUGGAAAAGUUUUUUGUCCUGAAUGUACAUCUAAACUUGUUCGCAGUGGACCUCAAAAUCGACUAUUCAAAGUAUGCAAUGUGUGUCACACAUUACUGGACCGUGAUACGGCUCCUUAUUUUAGCAGCCAACCUCCUCAGACUCCAGAUUAGACAAUGGAUGUAAAUUCCUCCAUUAAUUUUCAAAUUUGUGUCUGGCUUUUCUUGUGAAUUGUAUAAUUUUGAUGCAGGCAUCACCAUCUAUUGAAAUGACUGUCAUUGCACUCAUAUGAAAAUUUUCCAUUUUUUCCAAGUUUCGUAAAAGGAACUAUUGGAGAAAGAUGAAAAUACACAUCAUUCCAUGAUCAUUUUUUCUCAUUAUACACCCACUUUCUAUUUAAUGUUGUCUGACGCGAAGAUAGACUGCUCGACUAUUUCAUGCAUGAAGAUCCACUAUUUAUAGGUAUUUCUAAAUAGAAAAAAGAAAAAAAUACUAAUGUGUAAUACAAAUGGGCAUAGAUGUUGAUUCUAAAAGAUACUCCAUUUGCUCGAUUCAGAUAUAUAUAUAUAUAUAUAUAUAUAUAUGAACAUAAUACAUUUUAAAGUGACAUUUUUGUAUAAGUAGCCACGGUUUUGUAAAAAUAUAAAAUUACAUGUCAAUAUUUUUUUUAUCACACUUGGUCUGCUAAUUUGUUUUUAAAAACUACAUUUUUGAAAAAAAUAAGUUCCUAUUUCUUUUAGCAUUUUUAUAAUUAGUUAAUUUUAGUAAUUUAAUAUUUUUAAUACAGUUUGUCUGAAAAUUAUUAUAUUUAUGCUACAUACAGAUAUGCACUGCUUAAUGAUGGGAUAUGUUGUAAGCAAUAUAUCAUUAUGUGACUUCAUUGUUAAGUGAAUGCCAUGCAAUGUACUUAGCAAACCUAUAUGUUAUAGUCUACUACUUGUAUAGACUAUAUAUAACACAAUGAUAAGUAUUUAUGUAAACAUAGAAAAUGUACAGUUAAACAUGGUAUUUCAUGUUUUGAUUUUUAAAACACUUUAAUUUAUUGUAAAAUUAUAUUCAUAGUGCAUUUGUAAUGACAUAAUAAUAAUAGUAUUUGUUGUUCAGAAAUUUUCUGAAAAUAUUUCAUUCCAUAAACUUUUUGGACAUGCCUUAUGUACUUUUUACAACUGACUAUGCUGUAGGUUUAUUUAUGAAUUAAUGCAUUGCAUGAUGCUGCCACUGCCAUGUGCUGUUACAGUGGCUACAAAUUUUUCAGCUUUGUUAUAAUCUUGUGAGACUGCAGCCAUGUAUGUGGUCUGUCAUUAAAUAGUGCAUAACUGUAUUUCUAUCAUUCAUUUUUAGUAAUUUUAUUUAAAGUUAAUUUCAGUAUGCAUAAAAUUUUUAAUAAUCCUUUCAAUGAUUUUUAUUUACUACAACAACGUUGUAGAAUUGAGAAAAAAAGAAAGUAAAAAAAAAUACCUGUGAAACAUUUUAUGUGAAUGAUGUACAGUUAGUUAAAGUAGUGCAAUUGCAAAUUUUCAAGGAAAGUUGUGAAUGUCUAGUAUUUUAUUAAGGCUGUGAUAUGACGUAAUUCUCAAUUGUGUCAGAAAGCUUUAUAAUACGGGUGUUUAUGAGCAUGUGGUGUCGAGUAUGAAAAUUAGCUUCAGUCAAAUUAUUAAGAAGUUUUGUUCCUAGUUAAGAUAAGGUUAUUUAGAAUUAUUUAAAUGGAAAAUAGUUUCAAUGAAAUAAUAAUGUUAUCCUUUACAAAACAUAUAUAUAUAUAUAAAUAUAGUUACAUAAUAAUAAAUUAUAUGUUAAAUUGCCUCUAGAUACUUUUAAAAUAUCAAAAGAUAAAUAUCUUAAGUUUUUAGAUAUUUUAUAUUAUUAAUAUGGGCCAUUUAUCUUUUUUGAUAUUGGAAUUGUGCAUAUCUCUUAAAAUGUUACUAUCUGGAAAACAAUUUAAAAAUUAUAUAUAAAAAAAUACAUAAAAGUUAAUAUCAAUAAAGUCAAUGUUUAAAAGAUCUCUUUGGAUGAUUCUCCUCCAAAAAUUUAUUCUGUAAAUAAUGAUAUAUCCAUAUAUAUUAUGCUAUAAAAAUUUGAUGAUAUGAAAAUUAAUAUUCUGUGCUAAAAUCUUAACAGAAGGUAAAAAGUACCACUGCCCAAUAGUUUAUAUUAUGGUUGAACAAUAUAUGUAUACAUAUACAUAAAAAAUAAAAAAAGUUUUUCUUUUUUUGUUUUUGUUUAUGGUAGUGUCAUAUGUUGAAGCUAUCUUGCACUUGUUUUAAAGUGCUCAAGUUAAAAUUGUUAUCAAUGUGUAAACAUUACAAAAAAUUUCAAGUAAGAAAAUAUGUGAAUUGAAUAUGAUGAUGAUAAAUAUUUUGCCCAAUAUAAAUUUAUUUUAAUCUUUUAUGUAAUUCUUGUUAUGAAUUAGUAUGUAUAGUAUUAUCAGAUUUAAAAUAAUUAUUGAUAAAAAAAUUAUGCAAAAAAUUGUACAUUAUUUCAAUUGUAGCAUAAGUUUUGCAAUUAUUUUUUUCUUGUGUUUUCUUUACACAUAUCAGAAUUUGGUAUUUGAUAGUGUACAUAUUUGUGUAUCUGUUUUAUCUGUUCUAUAUUGUAAAUAUACAUCUUGUUAAUAUAAGGCUAUAGGAGUUUUUAUGAUUCUGAUUUAUUUGAUGUGUUAUACAGUUUUUGAAAGCUUCCUAUUGUCAAAAAAGUAAUAUAAUAUUUUUUCGUUAUGAAUUUAAAUAUUGUAGUUAAAAGUCUUACUUUAUGUACAAUAAUAAUUUUGAAAUUUGUCACGGACAAAUUAUUUUAAGUGUACAAUGUAAAAAGUCUCACUCAAUGAAACUAUUUAUUUAUAAAAUAUUUAUUUUAAUGACAUAAAGUCAUGGAUAAUUUAGGUAAUAUUUCAAUUAAUUUAGUCUAUAUAUCAAUAUUAUUUUUAUACAUCCUCUUCUUAUAUUCAUAUUCUCUGACAUAGCUAUAUCUGUUAUGUACUUUUUGAACUUUUUCUUUAACUGAAUAAAAAUUGAUACUUUAUGAUAUUUUACAUAUUGCCAGUCAUAUGGCAAUGUGUGUUACAAUGCUGUACUUAUUUUCAGGUUGCUGGUUUGUAUCUGUGAAUGCUUGUUUUUGUUGGAUGUCAAUGGGAAUUGUUGUUUAUAACAAUUACAAUUUGAUAUUACAGUGGUCUUCAAACUUUUAAUGUCUGCAGAACUCCUUGUGCCAGAGUAUUAUUUUUACAGAACUCUAAGCAAUAAAGUUUAAUUAAAUAAAGAAUACAUAUAAAAUGAAGACUUCAAUUCUGUUUUAUUUUUAAGUAAUAAAAUUCUGCAUAGAUAGAUAGGUAUGAUGUAGAAAUUUUUAAUUUUUAGUAUUUUUAAUGAGAAUAUAAAUUUCUUUUAAAUGGUUUUGCAGGACUCUUUGCAGAGUUCCAUUGAAUAUAGUUUGAAUACCACUGAUGUGCAUUUAUCCAAAAUUAAAAAGAAAAAAUUAUCAAACCUGCUAAUAAUUAAGACAUUUAAAAAAAUAAUAAUUAUUAAAUGUUAAAAUUUAAAAUUUUUAAGUAAACCGAAUAAAAGUUUAUCUUAAAAAUCUUUGCCAUUUCAAGAUAACAAUUGAUUUAGUUGCUGCCCUUGCUAAUAUUUUUCAUGCUGCUUGUCAUCUUGGAAUGUACCUGUUAAUACUUUAUCCAGGUUAUUUAUAGCUAUGUCACUCUAUUGAAUAUAAGAACUAAUUUAAUUAAUCUAAAUAUCCAGUUUACAAUUAAGCAAAAUUAUAAAUUAAAUGCACUUAUGUUGAAAUGAUGACAGAGAAAAUUUAUAUUUUAUCUGUUUGCCAACAUUGCUAUUAGACAAAUAUUAGUCAGUUAUUAUUAUUUUUUAAAUAAAUCAUAAAUGAAGUAGAGCUGAAGAAAUCUAUUUUCUGUAGCUGAAGCUUAUAUAACUUCCAAUUAAAGUUUUUUUCUUCUAAUUUAUAUGCUAUUAACAUUUAUAUUUUAUAAAUAUGAUUAAAUAAUUGUUUAUAGUACAGAAAAUCAUAAAUAAUUCAUUUUUUAAACUGUAAGGAAUGAAUUUCUAACAAAUAAACUUUUGAUAAAUUGUCUCAUGAAUAUUAGAUACCAUUGCUAUUCAAUGUCAUUUCUUCCAACAAAGCUGUUUUAAUCAUGCAAAUUCUGUAAUUAUUAAGAGAGAUAAUUGUUCUAAUUUUAUCUGUCAAUAAUUACAUUGCUAUAUUAAUACCAUACUGAAAGCAAUAUUAUAUUAUUUAUAUCACUAAUGAACUGUUAUAAUAUCUGUAAUAUCUUUAUUUGCAGUGUAAGAAAAUGAAUAUGACUUUCAUAUUGAUACUGGAAAUUCUUAUUUUAAUUUUAUCCAAGAAAAUUUUAUUUAUGCUGUAGUCACAUUGAAAGCUGAAAUUUUCCAUUUCAAGAAGUGUCUGUACAUCUUGUAAUAAACAUUUGUUUCAGAAUCUGUCAAGUUUUUCUUGUCACUUCUUGAAAUGUUAAUCUAGUUUCUUCAGAUGCUGAAUCAGGUGUAUAUUUCAGCAUCUGUCUAAUGAAAGUAAGCAUUUUGUGUAAUGUUUAAUGGCUUAUUAGCUCAUGGCACUAAACAAAACUGCCAAAUAUUUCUGUAUUUUGUAAAGCAGACAGUUUCCUGGAUAUAGCUUCAAUGGCAAUUUUUACAUACUUUAGGAAUUUUUUUUUUCAUUUUUGGUUCUUUCUAUUUGUUAUUUGGCACUAAGAGGGCCUUUUUUCAUAUCCAUUGUGGAAUUGGCAGACCACAGAAAAGAGGUAGCUGGUUGAUAAGGAUAGGACCCAACAUAUCCAGGACUUACCACCCAAGAAAAAUUUCUGGGAUUGUUUGCCUGAAUUCAAAUCCAGAUCCUCCAAAGCAAUAUGACAUAUUAAUAGCCUUAACUAUCCAGUCAUCACACUUCUAACACUCAUACAGUCUGUGUAGUAUGUUUACAGUGAAGAACAUUAGAAAAUAAAAUUAUGUUGCAUUGUUUCUGACAUUACUUUUUAUUGCUCACAUGGGCUGAUAUAUCUAUAAAAGCCCAUUAAAGGUUAGACAUAUAUGUAUUAAACACAAUAAAUAUCUAACAUAUUGUAACAAGCACAAUUUACAGACUGGAAUUGUUACAAAUAAUAGAGUGCACUGUGAAUACAAUUACCUCAUAAAUUAAUUAAAUAAAAUGCCAAAAUUAAACUAAUUAAAAUACUACAAUACAAUAGUAAAAUCAAUUGAUACAGUCCAUCAGAAACUAGCUAAUUAAACUGUUGUCUUAAUUAUGUAAAGCAUAAUAUUGAUACUAUCAAUAAUAAAUAUCAUUAGUUAUAUUUACACUCAAUUAUAAUAAAUUUUCUGUGUAAAGUUUAACUCUCUUAAUGUUUGCACAAACAUUCAGCUAUUUUGAUGUAUGCCUUGUGCUAAUAAGCCAUUAGACAUAUAAAAUGCUUAGUUUCAUUAAACAGAUGUUGAAAUAUAGUGUGUUUCAGCAUCUGAAAAAAGCAGCUUAGCAUUUCAAUAAGUGAUUAGAAAAACUGGAAAGAUUCUGAAACAAAUGUUUAUUGUAAGAUGUGCUAGUACUUCAAGAAAUGGCUAGAUACUUCUUUAAAUGGCAAAUCUCAGCUUAUGGCUAUGACACACACACUUAUUUAUACAAGACAAGUCAAGUCAAAAGUUGCUUAACAUUCUGAAGCAGCAGGAAAAAUUUUGUCAUGAUAAAAACAUGUUAUGCCACCUGGUUGAUACAUACAAAGAUGCUGACCAGUGACCAAGAGGAUAGUGGCUUACCAUGGGUGUCAGCCGCCCGGGGCAGAGGAAAAUUUCGCCCUCCCUUAUUUAGGUAUUUCAAUUUAAAAGAACAAAAUUCAGUUUUGUCACAGAACAAGCAAUGAAAAAUUCGGUGGUAGUGCAGCGACCUGUUUAAAAUAGUUCUAUUGGAUAUUAGUGGUGUAUAUGAACGUGAAUGAAUCAUACAAGCAAAAAAAUAAAGGUCAACAGUUUUCGCAGGAACUCCUCAGAUGAAAAAGUUACUAGUUCACCCGGCGAGCCGAUUCCUGGACUAUCUGGAUGAUAGCACUAUCGUAGGCGCGAUGCAAGUAUAGAUUAGGAUGUUUCAAAUUUUUACAAGAUAUUAUUAUUAUUUAUUGUGAAAUUUUGCCACCCCCUAAAAUGUGCCGCCCGGGAUGGGCUGCCCCUGCCGCCCCCACUGCGAAAGGAUAAAAACCACUGAACGUUGGUAAUUGGUCAUAAGUUCAGACUUCACAAUGGGCUGGCCACGUGGAGUUUUCAAAGAUUUCUUUACUAAAUAAAGGCCAGUUUUUCUCAUAGAGAAUUCUCCUAGGAGGAGGAUUCUCUAUGAGCACUUUCUUCUUGACAGAUUGCCCACAUGAUGCAUUGCAAUAUGGGCGAUCUGCCAUGUGGCAACCAUUAAUUAUCAAAAACAUGUUACCCUAGAGCAGAUUUAUAAUCUGCUCUAGAGUAACAUGUUUUUGUCAUGGCAAAAAUUUCUUAUCCAACUCAGUUUGAUUUUAUUCAGUGUUAAACAAUAUUUGACUCGCCCUGUAUAUUUUGCAACAACUGAAUGCCACUGUUAUCACUGUUAGAAAAUGAUACUCAAAAGAUAAAUUAAGGUACAAAAGUAUGAAAAUUUACUAAUAAUGCAAAGGAAAUUAUGAAUUGAUUUAAUUCCAAAUAAGCAGGGAAUAUUCUUAAAUUUAGAAUGAUAUUUUUGAGAAAAUAGAAGAUUCAUAAUUAUGAAAUAUGAAGCAUAAAAUGAACAAACUGAAACUGCUUUUGGAAAUGUUUUAAGAUUCUAACUUCAUCAUCAACACACCAACAUAUGCCAGAUCAUCACUGAUAUUCUUGAUUACUUAAAAGUAUGAACAAUGUAAACUUCAUAACAAAUUAAGUUAUAACAUUGAAUAAGAUAAAUUUUAAAUAUUAAUAUAACCUAUAUACUUCUUUCUAGACUGCAUAUUGUAAUAUCAAAACACUUACUAAAACACCUUUUC